AUGAUGAAGCAUAGGAGAAAGGCUCCUCCGAUGGCCCCACCAAUGAUGGCACCAAGAAAACUAGGACCGCGAGAAUCUGUAGUGACGGUGACUGUCGCACCUGGAUUUGACGAUGAGCCUGUGGGUGAUGGCGAUAAAAGAGAAGACGAAGGUGGGAUGGAGGAUGCUGAAGGCACAGGUCAUCCGGAGCCACUUCCAGUAGAAGCAGACGGAGAUUGCGAGCUGGUCGAGCUUCUCGAUGCAGCCGGCACCUGUGUCGCACUUGAUGUAAGCGAGAAGGUCUUUGCAGCUACCUUCGCCUCAGACGAAAAGGUGACUCCGAUAGGACCAUCCACCCCAUUCCCAUCAGCCUCAACUGCGAGUUGUGCGUGA